GAAAAGCACACGCUUGUUAUGUUGCAACCAUUUUAGCACAUGUGAUAAAACUUUUUUUUAACAGUGCCGUGACAGACUAUACAAAUUUUAUACCGUAUAUUGUAUGUUAAUACAUUUUAGCAGUGUUAAAUAUGGGCAUUAUUGAUGUACCGAGACUGAGAUUGUAGGCUGACACAGGCAUACGGACUGCUGUGACAAACUAGUCACAAUGUUUUCCUUAUGCCGGCGAUAUAAAGAUGAACACGAACAUGGCGGCACGCAAAUCAAGGGUGGCUAUAUGCUGCGAUACAAACGGAAAUACUUAUGGAACACGUGGACGGAAGAGUGGGUGGUGCUUUACGAUGACUCCACUAUGGCAUGGUUCAAGGACGCAUCAGGCAAGUGCAUGGCAACACAAAAACAUCUGGUGAAGGAGUGCCCCGAGAUGCUCGCAAUCUCGACCUGGACCGGGCAGGUUCCCAAACGCCCAACGCUUCCACCUGGCGCGCGAUUAUCACAACUCAUGGCUCUUGGCUCUCGAAGAAAUCCUGGCCAUGUCGUAUGGAUGCUGGCCAAGUCUGACUCCGAAAUGAAAGAAUGGAUGGCUGCAAUCACAAGAACGCUUCCACCACCGCCUCACAUCGAGCUCGUAAUGUCGAUGCCGUACCUCCGCACCGCCUUCAAGAGACCAACAGUUAGAGUGCGUCCAACGACAUCAUCAGAAAUGUAUGCGCGUGCAUCGCUCAACGGGGUCAGCGCUUUGGACGGACGGGGUCUGGUAGCAGUCAUCAAGCGCCAGGUCCCGCUGGCGGGUCAACUGGACCACGAGCUGUCGUGGGGACAGGGCUGGGGAUGGGUCACUCUACCCAAUGGAGUGUGGAGCGGACGUUUGACAUGGUCACAAGAAGGUGAGGACUUCGCGCUCCACGCAAUGCCAAUUAUGCAUCACACCAACGUUUCUCAAGCUUGCUCCAUGCUCGACGGCGUGACAGCCUACGAAGCAUCAGCCUACGAGCAAGCCCUUGCUGAAUACGACGACACUGCCACUACAUCUGACGACUGGGACUUCGGAGUAGACUGCGGAGAUUUCAUGAUGUAACUUCGUAUUGAGUACACUGGUGGUUUUGAUUUGCUACGCUAUAACAGUGGAGUAGCAUAUUCGCAAUUCUGUUUUGGGAAAGAAAUAUUUUGUGAUAUUGGGUUCUUUAAGAUAGUACAUAAUCAGUACAAUCUUCUGGUGGGAAAUGGUCCUUAUGAUAAAACGAUUGCGGCAUUAUUGCUCAAGUAUUUGAAUUAUGAUCUGUGCUGGUCACGAGUCACGAUGGAAUUUCUAAUGUGCCAAAAUAAAAUCUAUUUGCAAAUGGAUGUCUUAUGACUUUUGUAUUUCUGCAUUUUACGAAACAAUAAUAAAUAAUAAAUUAUUAAUAUUAGAGAAAUAAUGUUCGGAAUAUUAAACUGGCUCAAAGGGAUAAUGCUUGUACUAGAUGCAUGCUCUUUAGUCGUAACUGUGUUUGUAAUAGAAAAGAUGUGUGUAGCCAUUAAAAUAUAGAUCAGUAUUCUAUUCAUGGACUGCAACACGUAGACCAGGUAUCGUAAAGUUAGACAUAGAUUUUAAAAGCACAGAAAUAGUUUCUCUGUUGGCUGAUCCACACAUUCUCUUCUAACCUUCUUUGUUUUAUUCUUUCAGGGGUGUUACAAACACUUAGUUAAAAAUGUCGUAAAACCUCAUACCCUUUUUAAUAAAUCCGUUUACUUUAUACCCUAUUUAAAUUGUCCAAAAUUUUUGAAAUUUUUUACUUGUAUCAGGGUAUUUUAUACA